GUAAAUGGGAAUAGUGGGGGUUAGAGUAGGGUUACGCAAUCGGCUAAACUAAUUUGGAAUUGUUGUCAAAAGUGCGAGGCAAUUUUCCUAGCCUUUGUUUUUAAGUGCUUUUCGUUUGUUGCGUUGCUGUCGCUGAUGUUGCCAAAGGAAUGGAGCGAAAGCAGCAGGAUCAGGACCGGGGUGAUCCUGGCACGAAGGAUGAGCCGAUGACUGUAGUGCAGUCUAUGACAUCGUUCUACAUCUACAAUCCCUACGAGAAGCGAUGUGUGGAAGUGCCAUUGACUAACUGUGAGGCGUUUAUUUCUCUGCUAAAAUGUGUGAUAGGAACGGGGAUUCUGGCUAUGCCGCUGGCCUUCCGUUGCUCGGGAUUCGUGGUGGGCGUAGUGAUGUCCAUUCUCCUCAUGAUUCUACUGACGUACUCCAUCCACUUGCUGAUUGAUGGCAUGACAGAGUGUUGUCGAAGGCGUCAAGUUCCUCAAGUUUCCAUGCCCGAAGCUGUGAGAAUCGCCUAUGAGGAGGGUCCCGAAUGGGUGAAUUGCUUUGGUCGCAUAGCAGGAUUUUUAACCACCUGCGUUCUGGUCUUUGGACAGUUUCUUCUGUGCACAGUUUACCUGGUCUUUGUGGCCAAGAACUUUAAGGAGAUCGGUGAUCACUAUUGGGAAAGAUUCAAUGAGCGAUAUUAUGUUUUGGGUGCCUGUUUGGUGCUUCUGCCGCUCUUCAUGAUCCGUCGGCUAAAGUAUCUGGUGCCAUUGAACUUGGUUUCCAACUUCCUAUUAUACUUCGGUUUUGCUCUAAUCAUGUAUUACCUGUUUGCUGGUCUUCCUGAUAUUAAGGAUCGUGAGCUGGCCACGCCUCCCUCUGAAUGGAUUGAGUUCUUUGCCAUUGCCGCCUUCUCUCUGACAGCCGUGGGUUCUAUGCUCGUUGUUGAGGCACACAUGGCAAAGCCCCAAAGCUACCUUGGCCUCUUUGGAGUCCUCAACUUGGCUGUGCUCUUCAUCCUGAUCUCGAACAUGUUCUUCGGCAUCAUGGGCUACUGGCGGUUCGGGGAAAACGUCCAAGCGAGUGUCACUCUCAACAUUCCGAAGAAUGAAAUCCUGUCCCAGUUCAUUAAGGUCUUCAUUGCCUCAGGAAUAUUCCUUAGCUAUCCUCUAAAUGGCUUUGUAGUGAUCACAGUGAUCUUUAGUGAUUAUACAAAUGUCAGUGAGAGGAGAAACCAUCAAACGUUGAUUGAGUAUAUAGUACGCUUAACCUUUCUGAUACUGACAGGUGCUGUGGCAGUGGGUGUCCCUAACUUAGCAGCACUUACAGAAUUGGAGGGAGCCUUUUCCCUGAGCAACCUGAAUCUCCUAUGUCCGGCUUUAAUCGAUGUAUUUCUUAAUUAUAGAAAAGGAUAUGGCAGGCUGAAGUGGAAGUUGAUCCGCGAUAUUUUGCUCAUACUGAUUGGUCUUAUUUUCGGGACUGUGGGCUGUACGGUGGCCAUGAUACAGCUGAUCCAUGACUUACGAAUGACUUUGAGUAAUGUUUAAGAAAAAGACGCUUCAAUUUUUUAGAUUUUUCUCAGCUACUUUUUGGUGCUCAUUCCUAGAAAUAAAAUCGGAUUUUCCAAGUUG